UUCACGGUACGACUGCGUCAGGUGCUAGACGGCAGUAAACAAAGUGUUGCACCCACCCACAUCUUUUUGAGUUUAGGAGGGCAACACUCGGUUUCUUGCUACUUUUAAAAGACAGUGAUUCAAAUAGAAUUUCAGUUCGUCUAAAUAUUGUUUCUAUCGGUGAUGUCAAAUUGAAAAACAUUCCAUUUCCAAUAGCCGUGGUGCCAAACAGUUGAACAAAGAAAAUAUCUUUCGACUAUUGUACAUGGGAGACCUUCGAACCGCCUCGUUUUCAGCAACGAUACGAUGCUCUGAUUGACCUUGAAGUUUCGACGAAGAUCGGAUUGUUAUUUUUCUUAUAAAAAGCCAUCACAAUAUUUAGAUAUACCGUUAGAGUGAAAAUGGAUGCUUUGCCAGACAGUGAGAUUCCAACAGAAAUGGAUAGUUCAGCCAUACUUCUACUUGCAGAAGGCUUGGUUUUUCUACUGAGUCUUUUGCGCAUCUUCGUGGUGUCUCUUGUGUUAGCGGUCAACAUCAUCGCCCUGCGUCGCUGUUCUUCCAGAGCUUCGAAAUGCCACUGCCUCUACCUUUACGUUUCGGAUUCAGUGAAAAUAUGUUCCGUGGUCUACAUCACCAGUUGGAUUCCCUUUCUCCUCUACUCGAUGCUAAAUGGCCGCUGGUUGCUGAUCGACAAGCAAAUCUUCUGCCUGAUCCAAAACUAUAUGACCAAUGCUGUCCUUUUGGUUCUAUUGGCCAUGGCAGCGUUGGCAACUCUCAGCAAAACACAAGGGGGUAGAAAAAUGAGCCCGAAAUCAGCUGCGGGACUCACGCUGGCUGCCUGGAUUUUACCCCAGUUUGCUUAUUUCGUCAUACUCACUACCCUGGACAAUGCUGCCGUCCACGACAAUCAGGAUUUUUAUCUGCUCGACGACCUUCUGGGAACGACUGAAAAAUCCACGCUGACGACCGGCAUACGAUAUACAGUUGGCUUUACGAUUUGCGGUCAUAGCCUGUGUCGAAUGGCGCUGACGCAGUACACUUUACAAUACAUGAUAAUCAUCUUGCCAACUUGCUUGAUUUGCGGAAUUAUUUACGCCCGCAACAAACGUCGUUUGCAUCCGACUCAGCCAAACUACCGCUAUUGCGAACCACUGACGCAAGACAGAGAGAUUGCAACUACUGAUUGUGCAAAUUGCAAUUGCGGUAGAGGAGUGAGUGCCCUGGAGAUGAUUCUAAUCGGAAUUGUCGCGUGGCUUUUGCUGAUUAGGCCCAUGAUUGUGUUCGUCUGGUCUCCUGAACACCUUUUCGACUUGGGCUCGCACAUCCUGCUGAGCAUAACGGCCGUUUUCACACCUAUUCUUCCGCAGACGAAAUCAAAACGCCAUGUCAAAGUUUUUCGCAUCGAACCGUUAACUGCCAAUAGUCUUACGAGCAAUGAAUUCUCCCACGACAAAGCGGGAUCGACGUAGUCAAGCCGGAACGAACGUGUACACGAUGGGCUUUUUUCUUUAUUGAUACUAUUUUUCAUGCCUAGAUGGAAUGAUUACAUUUAUACGUCAACACGAAA